AUUCCGUACUAUUGGACGUCAAACUCAUUCAAAAGUCACAUAUGUGUUCGUGAGUUUGUGGUAUCCGUUCAACCAUCAAAGAAGACAUAGGGUGUAUAGCCGCUGAGUUAGUUUGUGGUACAACCCUCACAUUACCAGGGCAACGUGUAGAAUUACAUCCAUCAACAUCAACAGACCCAAGUCGUUUCUCCAGUCAAUUAUUACAAACUAUGGACCGAAUCAAAGUCACAUUGUCUCGGGAACAUAACAACCGAAUACAACGUGACAAAAACUUAGAAACAUGCAAGUUCGUUUUCGUUCGGGUUGAUGCAGUUAAAAAACCAUUGAAGCAACCGUAUGAAGGACCAUACCAAGUAAUUAAGCGAACGAACAAACAGUUCAUUAUCAAUAAGUGUGGAAAGAAAGAAACUAUGGCCAUUGAUAGAAUAAAACCUGCGUUCCAUGAAGCAUAGCACGACAAAGAAGAUACUACUGCACUUAACUAACCCCUCUUAGCAACCGCCACUAGAUCAGACAAGGAAGAAAAACCGAGUAUCAAACCUAUUUGUUUAACACGUUCAGGCAGAGCCGAACAAAAACCCAAGCGUUAUGCCCAUUUCUUCGAUUAAAAAAACAAUCAAAUCAAACACCUACCGAUGACCCACACUAUUAAUUUCACCCAAAAUUUUUUUUCUUUUCACAGUGUACAUAAUCAAUCACUUUUUUUCCACAAUUAUUCGUUUUGUUACAGUUUUUUUCAAAAAAAAUUGUUACAAUAAUAAACGAGUAAACUCUAUUUAAUUAUUUAUUCAUUGUACACAGAAAUAAGCAGUUCAAUUUUUUUUUGUGGGUUUAUUAACAGUUUUGCACAUUAUGGUUAACAUUAAAUGCACGGCCAUUUUUGUUAUUAUAACCAGUGUUACCUCCGGACACUCUGGGGGGAGCUAUGUGGCGAUAUAACUGACAAGCUUAUUUUGUAAAUAGUUUUUAAUAUCAUUUGUAUUUAUUUUGUCAAUCUUUCACUGUAUGUAUAUUUAUCAUUAAAUGGCUCUACCUGUUGUUUUAGUGAAUGACCUUGAACACACUUUACCAUUGUGUAACUACGUAGCGUGACAUACUGUGGCUUGUUAACAAAUACAUUGCUACACACAUAUCCAUCGUUCUAUUAUCGUUUGCGAUUGAGUUAACUGAAAUUUGAAUCGAAUAUUACCUACAUUUAUAGACUGUGAGUGGGAAUAUACCAUACCUCACAUUGGAUUACACUACUGGAGAGUUUGUCAACCAGAUUGGAAUUACCAAGCAUUUAUAAUUGUGGAUUUACAGUACCAGACUAAAGCUGAACACGCAUCGAUUUGGUGAACUUAAAACUUUUCUACGAAAAAAGAAAACACCAUGAAACAUAAACGUAGACAAAUUAGUACCGAAUCAAAUCAAUGUCAAUCUGAUGUUACAAAUGGUUUAUUAUUACCUGUGAAUGAGAUCAUUGAAAUCCCAAUUGAAACUAUAUUAACACCAGCGCCACCACCAACACCACCACCACCACCAACAACAACAACAACAACUACGACCCCAACUGUAACCAUCAACACAAUACAGAGUUGUAAUGAAAAAUAUAAACUAUUAUUUAGUAGAAUAUUAGAUUGUAAAUUAUUUCACAUGAUUAUUGUUGGAUUAUGCGCAUUAGAUGGAAUACUUGUUAUAUGUAUGCUUCUAUUAGAAAUUGAAUCAUUAAAAUUAAAGCCAUGCCCAUUACGUUAUCGUCUUAAUUUCACUUCAUUUAUAUUUGAAUGUAUUAGUUAUACAAUCAUUUUAUUAUUUCUUAUUGAAAUUCCAAUUAAAUUAUGGACAUUUGGUUAUCAAUUUUAUCAAUAUCAAUGGAUUGAAUUAUUAGAUGUAUUCGUAUGUAUAAUUAGUUUUACAGUAGAUACAUAUAAUAUCCAUCGACAUAUUAUGGAAACUAAAUUGAAUAAAAUGAAUAAUACAAUGAAUGAAUAUACAAUAGAUGAUAAUCUAGAACAAACAUUGCAUACAACAAUUGCUGAUGCUGCUGGUUUAUUAGUAUUAUUUCGUCUAUGGCGUGUAAUACGUAUUGUGAACUCUAUCAUUGUUUCUGUUACUGCUACACAUGAAAGAAAUAUGAAAUCAUUAAAAGAAGCUCAUCAUAUUUCAUUGAAACGUAUUUAUGAAUUGGAACAAUUACUUCAAGAUAAUGGUAUAUCAAUACCUUCAUUAACACCAAAGAGUCAAUCUAUAUUAGCAAAAAUAUUUUAAACUUCAAUCGAAUUUAUCUUAAAAUAUUUAAUUAUGAUUUUCAAAUUUUCGCGAAAAAAAAUACUCCUCACUAUAUUUAUAUUACUUAUUAUCAUAAUUAAGUAGUAUGAAUUAUUUAUGUGAUAUUUUACAAUUUAUCUCAUGUGUUGUCUUUUAUAGCUUCAUUUUGUUGACUUCUUUAUUUACCAUUUUAAUUAGAAUUCCAGAUUUCUUCCUUCUAAUAUCUUUAGAUAUACAUAAAUAUUAAUCCAUAGUAACAGAAAUACAUUCGUGUGAUAUAAGUUCAGUACAGUAUUCAAUCUUUUAAACCUGUUAUCAUAAUUAUUGUGAACAAAUUCAACUAGAUUAUUAUAAUGACUGAUUGAUUUUGUCAUAUAGAUAGAUGUUCAAUGAUCAUGAUGUUCAUUUGUUGGGAUACAACAAUGAUUUCCUUUCUCUCAUGACAUUAGAAAAAAGAAAAGACAUUUCAACGGAGUUGUAUUUCAUGUUAUUUUAUUCUCUGUUUACUUGAUUGAUUUUACUGUAACAGUGAUGUAAUUUUGGAAUGGAAUUAAGUUAAAAUAUGGUUUCCAAGUGAUAGUUUACGUGAAUACAUUGUUGUAUUUCAGGGUGAUUGAAACAUAAUUAUAACUUAUAUGAUAAUCUAAAACUGUACUUUCUGUGUAACUGAAAACAAUCAGUCAGUCAGUAACAACGUAGAACUUCGUACAUACGUACAUCAAUUCGAGUUGCCACACCACAUUAGCACAGAGAUGCAGUUGUCGAUUCAAAUACCGUAGUGGUAGAGGUAAUAAGAGUAUAAGCAGUAAUAGGGAAGAUUAGGGUUUGGAGAUGUUAUUUAAAGAG